AUGGCGUACUAUGAAGUUGAUUUGCACAAUCUUACACGUGAAGAAGCAAGACUUAUCGCUAUAGAAAUGAUCAGAGAUAGUCAUUCUAAAUGCAUACCCUACGUAAAAUUUGUAACAGAACGAGAAAAUCAUAUAAAUGCAACUGGAGAACGAGGGGUUCUUUAUGAAGAAUUUCCAUCGUGGAUGCUAGACACUGAAAUUAAACAUUUGGUCAAAGAUUAUGAUCCAUGUGAUGGAUUUUAUAUAGUUUAUCUUGAUUUCUUUGUACGCGCAUUCAAAGAAAUAUCAUUGUUAGUUUUAUUAUUAUUAGCAAUUAUUAUUAUUUUAUACUUAUUAGUUAUAAUUGAUUCAGAAUUAAGUUUAAUGAGCGAUUAUUUAAUGGAUCUUAAAAUAACGUAUUUAAAGAUUCAUAAUACAUACUAGAUUUAUGCAUAUGUUUCAUGUUCUACUAGUU